AUGGAUAUCCUCGCCGUAGCCUGCGCCCUCGUCGCGACGGCACUCUACUGCAACACCCUGCAAGCGGGUUUCGUCUACGAUGACCGGAGAGCCAUCCUGACGAACCCUGACCUGCUGGCGAGCACGCCUUGGUACCGGUUGUUCGAGAAUGACUUCUGGGGAACACCGCUGACGGAACGUGGCUCGCACGGCAGCUAUCGACCGCUCUGCGUGGCCACCUUUCGUCUGAAUCAUUUUCUGGGCGGCCUCGAGCCCUGGGGCUACCAUCUGGUAAACGUAGCGUUACACGCCGCCUGCACCGUUCUCGUGGUCAAGGUCGCCAGGAAGGUUCUACCAGGAAGGAGCAAUCUCGCGCACGCGAUCACGGGUUUCCUGUUUGCGGUCCAUCCCAUUCACAGUGAGGCUGUGGCCGGUAUAGUCGGACGUGCCGACCUUCUUGCCUGUUUCCUGACCUUGACAUCUUUCCUGACGUACUCGGCCCAUUGUAAUCGCACGAGAUCGCCGUUUCCCCUGCUGCUGGCCCUGGUGUCGUCGACGCUGGCCACCCUCGCCAAGGAAACGGGCAUAUCGUCCCUGGCCCUCUGCCUUCUGUGGGAACUUUGCCGAGGCGAGCCAAGUCGAAAGGGCAACUGCGGCUUCACCCGGGGCCGGAGCGUCGGCAUUCUGUCGGGCGGCCUCGCGCUCCUCGCGCUGGGCCGGCUGAGGCUCGCGGGCAGCAGGCCGGAGUUCGCGAGCGCUGACAAUCCGGCGGCGCGGCAUCCGUCGCGGCUGACGCGCGGCCUGACGUUCCUGUAUCUGCCGGCGGCCAGCGCGAGAAUGCUGCUCUGCCCGAGCACGCUGAGCUUCGACUGGUCGAUGGACGCCGUGCCGCGCAUAACGAGCCCGCUGGACCCGCGGAAUCUGGAAUCCGUGUGCCUGUACGCCGUCCUGAUCGGCGCGACGUUCUGGGCCGUCAGGGGUCUGCGACGGCCGCCGCUCCAGCAGGCGUAUCCACGCUCGGCGUCGUCCAGGUGUCCCGUGUGCGCCGGCAGACGUGCCGGCGGCUGCCACACGGACGGCUGCCGGGCGGCCAACAACAACAACAACAGUCCGCUCGGCGAUUGUCACUGUGCCAAGAGGGCGAACGGCUACGGCGGCGCGAACGGCAUCAACGUCGGCGGCAGCGGCGGCGGCCGGCAAACCGCGGCCACCGCCGUCGCCGUCUCCCUGGGCUUCCUCGUGCUCCCGUUCCUGCCGGCGAGCAAUCUCUUCUUCUACGUGGGCUUCGUUCUAGCCGAGAGGAUACUGUACCUGCCCAGCGUGGGGGCCUGUCUGGCGGUCGGCGCCGCGGUAUCUGGCUGCUACCGGAUAGCGAGGCGAAACGGCUCCAGGACGCGCGGCAGAGCGGUGCUGCUGGGGACCGCGAUCCUCAUCGGCGUCAUGUCGGCGAAAACGCUCGUGAGGAAUGCCGACUGGAGGGACGAGGAGAGCUUGUACAGGUCCGCGCUGCACGUCAAUCCUCCGAAAGCUUACGGCAACUUGGGCAGCAUUCUCAGCGAGCAGGGGCGAGUAGCCGAGGCGGAAGAAGCGUUCGUUCAAGCUCUCCGCUAUCGACCGAACAUGGCAGACGUGCACUACAACCUGGGCAUAUUACAGCAGGGAAGAAAGAAUUACGACGAGGCGAUUUUGAGUUAUCAACGAGCCAUUCAUUUCCGACCUUCGUUAGCUCAGGCUUAUGUGAACCUGGGAGCCGCGUUGAUUUCGGUCGGACGUGGCACCGAGGCAGCUGCGGUUUUGCGCGCCGGUGCAUCCUUGGAUGGCUCCGGCUUGAAGGACAAAAGGGCUCACGAGGCGGCCAGGGUGCAGGCCCUCCUUCAAUUAGGCGCGCUGUAUGCCGAUCAGGGUAGAUUACAAAGAGCCCUGUCGGCGUAUAGGGAAGCCCUGCGUGCCCUACCGGAUCACUAUCCACCUCAGAGCGUGUACAAUCUGCUAGGCGAGACGCUGUCGAGGCUGCAACAGUACGCGGAAGCGGAGAGGUGGUUUCAGGCGAGUUUGGCCAGCCAGCCUGACCACGUGCCGGCCCACAUCACUUACGGGAAACUUUUGGCACGGAACUCGAGCCGCGUCCUGGAAGCGGAGAGAUGGUUCCUGAGGGCCCGCAGAUUGGCGCCGGACGACCCCAGCGUGCACCAUCAUUACGGGCUGUUCCUGACGUCGCAGGGCCGACUGGUGGAGGCUGCCGAGGAGCAGCUGCGAGCGGCCGAGCUGUCGCGGUCCGAUUACGAGCUGUCGGUCGCGGCGGCCUCGGCGCUGAGGCAGGCCGAUCGUCGCGAUGAGGCUGAGGUCUGGUACCGACACGCCGCCAGCCUGAGGCCGCACGAGGCCCGCAGCCACACGAAUCUCGGCGCGAUCCUACACCUGAACGGCAAGUACAAGCAGGCCGCCGCAGCUUACAAGGAGGCCCUCAGGUUGCAGCCAGGCGACGCGACGACCAUAACGAAUCUGCACAAACUGGCGGCGAUCUUGGCGUGACCUGAAGUAGCCGAGGGCGACGGCGUUGGUGAAGAGACGCGAGGGCGAGGAGAGAACGAGCGAGCGAGGCGAGACGAGGAGGACCCAAUCUUACCGAUCUUACCGUGUACCCCGAGAUCCCCCACCGGCCCGAUCUUCCUACCGAUAUUCGUUUAUAUCUCUGCGUCGUCGGUGACGCGCGCAUUCGUCGUCCGCGUCGACGACGCGCGGCCGACUCGUAUUGCCUGCUAUGGUAUGUAAAGAAUAAAGCUUCCUUUAUUUUUCUCUAA